UUUCAAUGCCAUGUUUAUCAAAAAGGAAAGCUCCAUCUACAUGGGCCCACACGCCUCAAAUGCUCCACUAACACAAGUGAAGGAAUAUUAGGCAAUAAAAUACUAGAACAAUCCAUGAAAAACCCAGUAUAAAUAGUAAGUAGAGAGAGGAUUAGGGCCAUUGCAUCAAGGGAUCAAAAACACUAGUCAUUGCAAAAUGGGGCAUAUGUUGUUGCUUGCUGUGGGGAUUUUGUUUAUGUGUUUGUCAGCCCAAGCUCAAGGUGGCUUGAAAACAGGUUUUUAUUCUUCAACAUGCCCGAAUGCUGAGACCACAGUCAGAUCUACCGUUGAAGCAUACUUCAAGAGGGACCCCACCAUUGCACCUGGCUUGUUGAGGUUGCAUUUCCAUGACUGUUUUGUUCAGGGAUGUGAUGGGUCGGUUUUGAUAGCGGGUUCUUCAACUGAGCGCACUGCCUUGCCAAACGGAGGGCUGAGAGGCUUCGAAGUGGUGGAUGAUGCGAAAAAUCAACUUGAGGUCCAGUGCCCAGGCGUGGUCUCUUGUGCUGAUAUACUCGCCUUGGCUGCUCGCGAUGCCGUUGAUUUGAGCAAUGGGCCAAGUUGGGCAGUACCAACUGGAAGAAGAGACGGUAGGAUUUCGUCGUCUACAGAAGUCUCAAACAACUUACCUUCCCCCCUUGAUUCGAUCACCGUUCAAAGGCAAAAGUUCUCAGAUAAGGGCUUAAACGAUCAAGAUCUUGUUACACUAGUUGGGGCACAUACAAUUGGCCAGGCUGAUUGCCAAUUUUUCCGAUAUCGCCUAUACAACUUCACGAAAAUGGGCAAUGCCGAUCCAACCAUAAGCCAGGCCUACUUAGGGCAACUUCAAGCCCUGUGUCCCCCUGACGGCGACGGCUCCAAACGUGUGGCACUGGACAAAGACAGCCAGACCAUAUUCGACGUUAGCUUCUUCAAGAACGUCCGAGAUGGAAAUGGGAUCCUCGAAUCAGACCAGAGGCUCUGGGGGGACGAUGCAACGCAGAGCAUUGUAAGGAACUAUGCAGGGAGCAUUAGAGGGUUGCUGGGACUGAGAUUCAAUUUCGAAUUCCCAAAAUCUAUGGUCAAGAUGAGCAGCAUUGGUGUGAAGAUUGGGACACAAGGAGAGAUUAGAAAGAUAUGUUCUAAAGUUAAUUAGUCAGUAGCAAUAUUAAGUUGUAAAUGUUGCAGCCUCUACUUGUACUUUUACCACUCUUUUAUAUAUUGGAUUCAAAGACAGGUUUAGUAGUAUAUAUACAUCCUGAAUACUUCAGCA